GUUAUGCUUCUUCGUCAGAUUAACCAGCAUGGAAUAAUACACCUAUAUGUGGGUUAUCUCAAUUUUUGGUAUUUUGUCAGUUAGAACACUUCGUGAGAAAGGCGACGAUAUGUUAGAUAAUUAAUAAAAACUAGUAAAAUCUUACGAAUUUCGUACGUGAUGUAACCAAAACUUUGUGGUCAAUUCUUGGACUGUUACUGGUUUACAAAAAAAAACAGCGAUCUUUGUUUGGUGAUUCGUUCAUAGAUGGCUCGACAUCCGCCCCGGAUCCGUGCGUUUUCCUUAAAGCUGACAUUGCAUUACUGAGGCUGUGUUGCCGUACUGACAUAAAAUGUUUUGAAAACGAUACACUGAUACUGAGUUGACUGGAGUUUAUUCAGUUCACGGUUUUUGGUGGUCUUAAGGUCAGGCUAUCUACAAAACUGGAAACCAUGUCAAAUAGACCGAUGAUUGGUGAAUAAGCAAAUUGAGCUUGAAAAAAACUUAAAGACAAGCUGACAUGCCUUUUUUCUUACUAAACUAAAUUACGUAAUAUUCCAUGAAGGGUCCAAAAAGUUGAAUAGCUAUGUGAUGAGAAUAACUUCUGUUUACAUAACCUGGAGGGCACUCACAAAAAGUGUGAUUUAUAACAUUAUCGAAUGAAAAAUAUAUUUCGUAGGCUGCAAACGGAUGAUAAAUAUUCCUAGUAUGAAUAAUUGUCCGAACAAAGGUAAAUUUGAACAAAAAAUGUUUUCACUGCUAGUGAUGGUCAAAUAACUCAUCCAAAAAGGAUUGUCUAUCUGGCGACGCCGCAUUUACUCUGUGUAUUCAAAAACUUACGGGACUAUUUAUUUCAAGAACAUACAGUAAGCGCUCUCUAUAGCACAACGGCUGAAGUCGGUAGACUGAUGUCUUGUCGACCGACUGUAGUAGUUUCAUUAUGUUGACGCGAACGCGAGGCGUGCAAACCAGUGAUAGAAGUUAACGUCUUAAGACCUGUUGUCACGAUCUUUAAAAUGGAACAAAGAGCGACAAUUAAAUUUUGCUUUAAGUGCGGAAAAAAUGCAUCAGAAACAUUGUGUGCGAUCAUUACUAGCUGCGAAUCGGCGAUUAAAGAUUAAUCUUUUAGCUGACGAAUUUGGAAUUAGUGUAGGUAGCGUCCACCAUAUCAUACACGAAGUAUUGGGUAAGAAAAAUGUGUGUGCAAAGUUUGCUCCGCAUUUUUCAACACCCGUACAAAAGGAUGCGUGUUAACACUUCACAAAAUUUUGUGGAAUGGGCUGACAACAACUCCAGUUUUUUGCAAAAUAUUUUCACGGGUGAUGAGUUGUGGCGGUUUCAUUCCGACCCCUCCACGAUACGCCAAACAGCUGAAUGGAGAGAUCGGGGGCAGGACGGCCAAUCAAGGUGCGUGCUGUGAAGGCUAAAAUGAAAACCAUAUUGAUUGCGUUUUUUGACUCGCGAGGAAUUAUACACCGGGAAUUCUUGUCUCCUAGCCAGACAAUGAUUGGGACCGUCUACAAAGAGGCGUUCAAGCAUCUGCUGGAUCGCAUUCGUCGAGUACGAAGAGAAAUAUGGGACGCCGGUGAAUGGUUUUUGCUGCACGAUAGUACGCCAUCACAUACCUCUCAUUGUUAAGCAGUUAUUGGCGAAAAAAGAGAUUACUAUGCUCGAACACGGUGCCGACUCACCUGAUCUCGCUGUUUCCUAAACUGAAAGCGGCAUUAAAGGUGAACGUUUUGAAGAUAUCGAAUCGAUUCAUCAAAACGUGAUGGCAUUCUUGAAGAGAAUUCUUACGGAGGACUUUGAGCAGGUAUUCCAUAGCUUGUACGAACGUUCUUUCUAAGAAAUGUAUAGAGUGGGAGAGGAGUGAUGUAUGUAGAAAACCAAAUUAGUAAAUUAUUUUUUUCCAUCGUUUACUAUUUUUUUGUUGUUAUCCCGGAACUUUUUGAAUAAUGACCAUAUAAGAACAGCACAAGCAUGUGCAUUGUACACCAACAGCUGUUUUGUGGACGCCAUGUGUUGUGGUUACAUUUCUUAUCUCUCUUUGAUUUAUUCACCUUGUCUAAUUGUCUUCUCUUGCUACAACUACUUUUUGGUGUUGGAGUGCUAAGUCUCGAACUAAGUUUACUUCAAUAUUCUUGAGAAAGAUCAUGAUGGUACUCAGAGAAGUAGACCUAAUAAUUAUGGGUGCCAGAUGGACAGGGUGUUUUGAUUAUUGUGUUUAUAUUUAAUAAACCUUAACAUAUCUGUUAUAUCUUAGGUAUGUGACGUUAUCGGAGUCCUUUCCGUCCGACCAUGUUAAACAACGAAUCUACCUGGUGAAGUAUGAAAAAAUUGAUGACGUCCGGUGGUACUUUUGUGGUUUAUCAGCAAAAUGUAAUAAGAAAUUUAAAAAACCCUCCGACCUUAUUAGGCACAUUCGAGUACAUACUAGGGAUAAACCCUUCAAGUGUUCACAGUGUGGUGCCUCCUUCACGGUGAAAUCCUCUCUUGAAUACCAUAUGAGAGCACAUUCAUACAGUCUUUUGAAAAAGUCGCUCAAAAACAAACCGAAGAAAUCAAAAUUCGAUAUCAUUGUUUGUACUUUGUGUGGUAAACACUUGUCUGAACUUGGACAGUUGAAUCGCCAUAUAGCUAUGGAACAUAGUAAAAAGCACAAGAAACCUCUUAGCAGGGAGAACAAUCCUAAAGAAGCUACUAUCGAAAUACAAGCAUUAAACAGCAACGAUUCUAAAGAAUUUAGGACAAAUUCUCAUUCUGGUGACCCAUUUAUUAUUUUAAACAUGAAUGAUGAUAACAAUGCCACGUUGAACAACGAUGACAUUUUUAUCGAUAUGGGAAACUUGAAGCUGCUUCAAAAUUACACUGAAACUGGUGCAUGUGAGAAAGAAGCCCCAGCAAACUUGUCCAAAACCAACGUUGUCAAUGUUCCUGUGUUACAAACGGUGCAGCAUAUUCCUGAUUCUGCCGAUAAGGGCAUCUUAGAUGUGACAGCUAUGGACAAUGCCGAAAUCAUAUGCAUUGGUAGCGAAGGAAAUAUUUACUGUUUAGAUACUUUUCAGGCUCCCGAAAGCAGUACUAAUAUAAAUAAACUAGUAGAUACUGUUAUUUUGGAAGAUUCAUUAUUGAAAGUAUCAGACAAUUCGCAGAAAAAUGGGGCAUCAGAAAUAAAAUUAGAGACAUCAGAAAAUAUAGAAAAUGAAGAAAUAUCUAUUAAAGAUGAAUUCAUAGAGCCGAAGAAAGCUGAAAAAUCUAAAGGACCUAUAAAAGUCUGUUCGUUCUGUUCAAAGACCUUCAAAAAACCGUCAGAUUUGGAGCGGCAUAUGAGAACCCAUACGGGUGAACGGCCAUAUUCCUGCACUUUGUGUGAUAAAUCGUUUAAACUAAAAUCUACAUUAAACACCCAUGCUAAAAGACAUGAUUUAGUUAAUAAUAAAGUUACUUGUGCUGUUUGUGGAUCAUUCCUCUCUUCAGAAUCCAGUCUCAAAGUUCACAUGAGCAUACACACUGGUCAGAAACCAUACAAAUGUUCGUUCUGCGACAAGGCAUUUCGUACAAUGAGCAACAAAAAAUCCCAUGAGAAUCUGAGUCAUAUGAAUACCAAGAAAAAACCGGAUAAAGAGGGAAAAACUAAAACCACAUCGAAAGCUGUCAGUAUUUUGGAGACAGUAACAAUGGAGCUCUUAAGUGGAGUAGAGACUGAGGGCAGGCAAGAAAGCAUAGGGAUUUCGGAUGUUCAAGGAAAAAUUACCGAGGAGUUGACACAUAGUCCAGCUCAAUCGAUAGUAGAUCCAAUAACAUCAACCUUUGAUCUGCCUAACCAACAGAGCAUUCUUUUGGACACAGCAAAAAGCGAUUUGUUGCCUCAGUAUCAUCUGAUACCAUUCAACGACGUCACUCUGUUAGACUUGGAUGUCCAUGGAGAUUUCCAGGUGGUCACCCUUCCCAAAGAGGACGAUCUAAUUCAGACAGAAUUAUCUGUCAUUAAACAGACACCUGUCAGUGCCAAACCGGAAUGUACGACCUGUGGUAAAACGUAUGCAUCGAGAACUGCUUUGAAACGCCACCAGAGAAAGGUGCAUGAAAGAAAAAAGGCAAAACUCAAAAGUGGCGUGAAUAGACCGUUCGGAUGCCCGAAGUGUGCGAAUAGUUUUGCGUUGGAGCAGGGACUGAAGACGCAUUUGAAGAGGAUACACGGUGAUACAGUGAUUUCGGAUGAAACAUUCCAAGCAUUGUUAGAUAUGGGUCUUACCUUCCAGAAGGAUUGCUGAUUAAAAUUACUGUUUCAAUAUGAAAAGCUAACUGUUAGGUGUUUAUUAUUUUAGAAUAUAUGUACGUCUUGAGAUGAAUAUAACAUUUUAUGCGAUAUUGG